AUGGACUCCCCCUCCCAGCACUGCACAGCAACUUCCCGCCUCAAAGAACUCACGAUACAAAAUGACCCCAGAAGCGAUUAUAAUCUCAAUUUAGAGGUAGCCGACCUGCUGUCCCGUAUUUGCAAUAAACGACUCAUGCGUUCUGCCUUUGACACAAAAACUGGCUUGCGUGUGGCUGUAAAGAAGCUGUCCCGACCAUUUCAGUCUAUCAUACACGCCAAAAGGACCUACCGAGAGCUGCGGCUACUGAAGCACAUGAAACACGAAAAUGUGAUUGGUUUGUUGGAUGUGUUCACCCCUGCCAAGUCACUAGAAGAAUUCAAUGAUGUGUAUUUGGUGACACACCUUAUGGGAGCAGAUCUGAACAACAUUGUGAAAUGCCAGAAACUCACCGAUGACCAUGUGCAGUUCCUCAUAUACCAGAUUCUUCGGGGACUGAAGUACAUCCAUUCAGCGGACAUAAUACACCGGGAUUUAAAACCUAGUAACCUAGCUGUAAAUGAAGACUGUGAGCUAAAGAUCCUGGAUUUUGGCUUGGCCCGACACACAGAUGAUGAGAUGACCGGGUACGUGGCUACCCGCUGGUACAGGGCUCCGGAGAUCAUGCUGAACUGGAUGCAUUACAACCAGACAGUUGAUAUUUGGUCAGUGGGAUGCAUUAUGGCUGAACUGUUGACUGGAAGAACGUUGUUCCCUGGUACAGACCAUAUUGAUCAGUUGAAGCUCAUUUUGAGACUCGUUGGAACCCCAGGGCCUGAGCUUUUGAAGAAAAUCUCCUCAGAGUCUGCAAGAAACUACAUUCAGUCUUUGUCUUACAUGCCGAAAAUGAACUUUGAAAAUGUGUUUAUUGGUGCCAAUCCGCUAGCUGUGGACUUGCUAGAGAAGAUGUUGGUACUGGACACAGACAAACGCAUCACUGCAGCAGAAGCCUUGGCACAUGCCUACUUUGCUCAGUAUCACGACCCGGAUGACGAACCAGUGGCAGACCCCUACGACCAGUCCUUUGAAAGCAGAGAACUUGAGAUUGAAGAGUGGAAAAGCCUGACUUACGAUGAAGUCAUCAGCUUUGUGCCACCACCACUUGACCAAGAGGAGAUGGAGUCCUGA